CGGAACCCCAGGCCUUUAUCCUCCGCUCACGUCACGCGGAUCACAGGGGUCACGAGGCAUUCCUAUGAUUACUUUUGGUUCGCCUCAACUUCUUUGCUACAUACUCUGUACCUCAUUGAAGUUGACAAUGGACUCGCGUUUCAACUGGGAAGUUUUAUUCCAUAGACGAUGCGCUCUGACAUGAUUCUACCUGCCAUCCUCUUCAUUACUCUGUUGGGUUCACUAUAUACACUGUUUGUCCAAGCUCCCGACUAUGCACACUCAGCUAUCGGACGCCAUGAGAACAACAACACACAGCGCACAAUUUCGCGCAAUCUUUUCAACUCCCUAGAGCAGCUCGCCCGUCUCGUGGACAUCUCAUAUUGCGUCGGCAGCUCGGGGAUCCAGAAACCCUUCAAAUGCCUAAGCCAUUGCGCGGACUUCGAGGAUCUGGAACUGAAAGCCACAUGGAACACGGGCCUAUUCCUCUCCGACUCAUGCGGCUACAUCGCGCUCUCGCACCCGCCUUCCCCGAAGCGAAUCCUCGUCGCUUUCCGCGGCACGUACUCCAUCGCCGACACAAUCGUCGACCUCUCCGCCUACCCGCAAGCCUACGCGCCCUACGAUCCCAAGGACGAACACCGCGCUCAUAACGAGCGACGGUCCCCGCGAUGUCUCAACUGCACCGUCCACGCGGGGUUCAUGACCUCGUGGCAGAAUACGCGCGACAUCAUCCUACACCACGUCUCCGCAGCAAGGGAGCAACACCCGGACUACGCGCUGGUCCUGAUCGGCCACUCCCUGGGCGGUGCGGUCGCCGCGCUAGCUGGGAUCGAGAUGGAGCUGCGCGGGUGGGAACCCCAGGUGACGACGUUCGGGGAACCGAAGGUCGGGAACGAAGGAUUGGCCAACUACAUGGGUGAACUGUUCGGGCUGGGUAAAAUUGACGGAGCGGGGGCAGCACCACGUCCGUCGCUCCACGAGGAAGACCCUCAGGAUCGACGGUGGAGAUACCGUCGGGUCACUCAUGUGAACGACCCAGUGCCGCUGCUGCCCCUGGCAGAAUGGGGGUACGAGAUGCAUGCCGGUGAGAUCUUUAUUUCCAAGACAGAUAUUCCCCCGUCUGUUUCGGAUGUCGAGUACUGCGAAGGCGCCCACGACCCACGGUGUAUUUCAGGCGUCGGAGAGGAUAGCCUGACCACGGCUUUGCACGCGGCAGCAGUGACCCUCCAGGACGCAGAAAUUCGUCCAUCCGAGCAGGUAGAUCUCUCGGAUAGGCACGCCUCGCGGUCUGUGGCGCCCCCUGACGAGAGGCACGAGCAGCGUUCACCGUUCCAGCUGCCUUGGGACCUUACUCUCCCCAGAUACCGAUUAUGGGGGCCGUUUUUCGCCCAUCGGGAUUACUUCUGGAGGCUGGGAGUAUGUGUACCGGGUGGGGAUCCGACUGGGGGAUGGAAGUGACUCAUUUGUUUAAAUAACGGGUUCAUGUGUAGUGAUAUGCGUAAUGAUGCAUUAACGUGUUAAAGUGUCGAUACUC